AUGAGGAUCAACCUGGGGAACAAGGUGGAGGCGUGGUGCGGGGACCCGUCGAUGGGCGGGUGGCGCCUCGGCGUGGUGGUGUGGGGGAACGGCCACCAGUACAACAUCCGGUGGGACGGCGGCGACGUCGUCUCCGGCCGCAUACGGCGGGUCUCGGUGCGCCCGCCGCCGCCGCACCUCGAGAUCCCCACCGACCUCGAGGCCGGCGACCUGGUGGAGGCGCUCGACGACCGCAUGUGGAAGCUGGCCGAGCUCGUGCGCGCCGGCGACGGCGACGGCGAGGGCGAGUUCACCGUCAAGAUCGUCGGCUCGCCCAGCGCCAUCACGGUGCCCCCGAGCAUGGUCCGCGUCCGCCAGGUGCUGACUGACGGCGACAUCUGGGUCGCCACCUACAAGAUCAAGAGGAGCCGCCACGCGACGGACCACGACGCCGCCGGCGAGGUCCGGAGGGUCGAGGCCAACUCGAAGCGGAUCCGCGCCAUGGAAGAAGAGGAGGGGGAGCUGCUCGUAGGAUACGGCAACGUGGAGGUGGUGCGCGCGAACGAACCACCACCCACCGCCGUGUUCGUCAACAAGCAGCAGGAGAUGAGCGACGAGGAGACCGACGACGACGCCAAGUCCGUCUCGUCGGCCGGCAGCGGCAGCAGCAGCAACAGCGAGAGCAGCAGCGACGGCAGCAGCAGCGAGAGCGACAACGGCGACCGCGCCGCGCCGAGGAGCCCACCGGGGGACGCCCAAGUGGCGGCGAACCAGCCGCCGCCGCCGCCAUUGCAGCCGCAAUGCCAACCACACAUCAAAGAAGAGCGCGCCGACGACGACGACGUCAGGACGAAGUCGCGCGCCGCCACCGCAAUGAAGCCGCGACCGGCCGUUGCGCCAAUAAUGCAGCGGCGCCUGGCCAACGAGCAACCUCCGCCGCCGCUGGCGGCGGCGGCGGCGGCGGUAGGCGAGCAAAUCCACCGCCUGGAGGUGGACGCGUACGGCGCGCUGAUGAGGGUGUUCCACGCCACCGGCGCGCUGACGUGGGAGAAGGAGGAGCUGCUGACGCAGCUCCGGCUGCAGCUCCACGUGUCCAGCGAUGAGCACCUGCAGCUGAUACGGGCCCUCAACGGUGGCAGGAGGCGGCUUCCAAAGCCUGAGAAUUAACGCUGCUGCUUGCUUGUUUGAAGCUGCCAUUAUCAGCAGUUUCGCAUUGCAGAUUCUGUGUAUAGAUGUCUAUAUGAAUUCUCUCCCAUCUAUUUUCUACAUGCUGACAGGGAGUGGGGAUGUCCCCGAACAUCAUGUAAAUAGUGUUGGGU